CUCUCUCCCAUUGGUCGGCUCCAAACACACCUUUGCGUCUCAUUGGGGGGCCCGAUAAGCCACGACCCUCUGCUCCCCCACCGCAUUUGAAACGAUGAAUGGGAACGAGGCCGAGGAGAAAACUGGGAAACACGCAAUUCUGGGCUCAAAUGUUCUCACAAGUUGUUGGGACGAGUGAUCUGCGGUGAAACCUGCUUCCUGGACGCUUCACACAGACUCACAUAGGUGCAGCAUGGACAUUGAGGAGCACCACUCAGACAUCCAGGGUGAACUCCAGCCGGCUCUGGGUGCAGGUGACAUGGAGGCUGUGGAGGCUCUGAUGUCCAUGACUAAGCACUGGAAGACAAGACCCUUCAGGAUGAGACACUUCAGACCUCUCACUCCGUCCUCAGACUGCUCGGAGGACGACUCCGUCUCUGCUGGUUCUGUACUGCUGCAAGAUUCUCUUUUGUGCAUGACGCCACCGUACAGCCCGCCCCACUGUGAGGCCGCCUCUCCACCCUCGGCAUUGAAACCACACCGACCAGCAGAAGAGACUCCUCUGUUCAAACACGCUGCUGUUUCUCUGCAGAAGUUCCAGUGCACCAGCGUAAUCCGGCACACUGCAGAAGGACAGCAUCGCUCCUGUAGUGUUCAUUGCUUCUCAAAGGAAGAUGAACCCACUUCAUUUAGAAAAGAAGCCUCCGAAGCUGAUAUAAACUCUAAAGAUGUGUUGACCAGUAGAGACUCUGAUGAGAGCGUUCCGACACAGAAAGCUUUCACUGAGACUUUCCCAAAUCAGGUUGAAUCCAGUCUUUUAGACCUGGAGGAUAAUUCCACACCACAGUCUGUCCCUGCCGGUGAUGUCCAGGUCUCUCCUGUUCCCGUCUCAUCUCCUUCCCCAACUCCUGUCACAACCUCUGACAGUCAGCAGCAGCGCCACCUUCAGCCGGCCCCGUCACCAGUCACCACUGUGUCACUACAACAGCAGCACCAACCAGAAUAUGCACCACCACAACCCCAAACUGCUUCUCCUGCACAGGUCUUCUUUGUAGGGGGUCAGGUGGCAAAAGGUCCCGUCAUGCUGCUCGUCCCUCAGCCAUCUGUUCCUACUCUUUACGUCCAGCCUGCACUGGUGACCCCUGCUGGCACCAAAUUAGCAGCCAUCGCCCCGGCACCAGGUCGGGCCCCGUCAGUGCAGCGACAGACCCCACAGCAGCCGGAAGUGUCCCGUGUCCGCAAUCAUGUCUGUCCCCACAGAGACUGCAGCAAAACCUACUUCAAGAGCUCCCAUCUGAAGGCCCACAUGAGGACACAUACAGGUGAGAAACCCUUCAAGUGCAAGUGGGAGGGAUGUGAGAGGCAGUUUGCUCGGUCAGAUGAGCUGUCUCGUCACCGGCGAACCCACACAGGAGAGAAAAGGUUCGCCUGCCCCAUGUGCUUGAGCCGCUUCAUGCGCAGUGACCACCUGGCCAAACACGCCCGCCGACACCUGGCAGCGAGGAGGACGCCCUGCUGGACCGCUUCCAUACUCAGCGUCACUUCAGCAAAGUCUCUGUGAGGCGUCACGGGACAGAAAGAACUGAGAGACUGAAUCUGAGCGCUCUGAGGACCAUGCCCCUGACUUUUCCAUGUCACCAGUCUGCUGAUAAAAAGGCACUGAACUGACAGCUGAAUUAAGCUGCAUGUGAAGGCUUUGUCAUCUUGCUGCUCUUCAGUGAUUGUAGAAGAAUCUGAGAAGUAUGAGGCUGUUUGCAUUCAGCGUCUGACUACUGUACCACCUUAAGGCAAGAAAUUACACUGAAUAUAUGUAGAUAGGAUUCUGCAGCUGUAAUGUUUUUAUAAAUAAUCUCAAAUGUGUUUACAUUUCAGUGAUUUGACCAAAGAAUGUAUUUUUUUUUAAAGACAUUUUUGCACAACGCUGUUUUCUUGGAGGGAACGUAGAAUUCUUUAUUAAACUUCAGCCAAUA